GUUGGUGGUUGUGUGAUGCACGUAGGAGUGAGUACUCAUAAUGUGGUCCAAUGACUGUUUUCUUCCAAGGAAUACAAGGAAUAUCACGUGAUUAAGGGAAAGCCUAAGAUGUAUCCCGCACCGGCCAGACACCCAGCCGCUGCCGGGGGCGGUGGAAGCGGCACGGCUGCGGGUGGUCUGAAAUUCACAGUUGCUGAUACUUGCGAAAGAAUCAAAGAAGAAUUCAAUUUCAUCCAGCAGCAGUACCACUCGCUGAAACUUGAUUAUGAGAAAUUAGUCAAUGAAAAGACUGAGGUGCAGAGGCACUACGUGAUGUACUACGAGAUGUCUUACGGGCUCAAUGUGGAGAUGCACAAACAGACGGAAAUCGCCAAGCGGUUAAGUGUGAUCAUAUCGCAACUGAUGCCUUGUUUAGCGCAAGAGUCAAAAUGCUCUACUGACGGGACUAUAAUGGCAGACUGCUUUCAGCACCAGCAGCAAGUAGCUAAUGCCGUAGAGAGGGCCAAACAAGUCACCAUGAACGAACUCAAUGCCAUUCUUGGGCAACAACAACAACAGGGUCUCCAACACCUCCUGCAACAAAUUCACGCCCAACAAUUGCCCCACAAUGCUGUAGUGGGAAGUUUACCGCCAGCAAGUCUGUUGGGUUUCGCUGGUGCUGCAGCGGCCGCAGGAGUACCACCUCAUCUGGCACCACCACCUCAUCCAGCAGCGGCAGCGGCAGCAGCAGCAGCAGCAGCGGCUGCUGUCGCAGCCCAGGCACAAGCACUUCUCAAAUCCUCGGAUCUUCAGCAACAUCGGGCAGCCACUGGCACACCAGAGGAUAGAAAAUCCAUUACCAUAACUGAGGACAGACUCAGAAGAUCUGUCUCACCUUCUGAAAAAUUUAGAUCGAGGACUCCUGACCUUGAGGGGGAUGCCAAGAGGAGGAAAGAGGAGAAACUUGGUCAUGAGAGCGAUGGCGAGAAGAGCGAUCAGGAACUCGUUGUGGACGUCGCUAAUGAGGAGGCUUCCUCGCCCCACGCCAAUGGUGAUCACUCAGACCACCGGGAGAACGGAACCUUUGAGAAGAUUGUUGGUCAGGGGCAUGCCGGUGUUGUAUCGAGUGCAGCAACUUCGGUGAAGGAACGACCGCCCUCCCGAAGUGGGAGCUCAUCGGCUCGGAGCACGCCCUCACUGAAAAGUAAAGAUAUCGACAAGCCGAGUACCCCAGUGGCGGCGAGGGGCUCGCGCAGUUGUACGCCAACUAUGGCUCCAAUCCCUGGUGCCUUGGGGUCCCGGCUCUAUCAUCUGCCAUCUUCGCAGCAAACAGCGCUGCAGGGAUAUCAGGGUUUACCAUCCCGAGGCAGUGAGACACCUCAGUCUCCAACUUCUUAUAAUAGUUUAUCUUAUUCGAGAUCAUCAUUACUCGGUUUUGACAGUCACUUGAGGGUCCCCUCAGCGAACGGUUUGAGCAAUAUUCCGGGUGGUAAACCUGCCUACUCCUUUCAUAUGAAUGGUGAGGGCCAGCUACAGCCAGUGCCCUUUCCAACAGACGCCCUAGUGGCCCCCGGAAUCCCCCGUCACGCACGUCAAAUGAACACACUGACUCAUGGUGAGGUUGUCUGCGCCGUGACAAUAUCAAAUCCCACGAAAUACGUGUAUACCGGGGGUAAAGGCUGUGUCAAGGUCUGGGACAUUGGUCAGAGUGGAGGGACAAAGGCAGUUUCACAGCUCGAUUGCCUGCAACCGGACAAUUACAUAAGAUCGGUAAAGCUUUUGCCUGAUGGGAGGACUUUAAUUGUCGGUGGGGAGGCGAGUCAAUUGAGCAUCUGGGACCUCGCCAGUCCCACCCCGAGGAUAAAAGCUGAACUCACAUCGUCUGCACCGGCUUGCUAUGCUCUCGCCAUAUCACCAGACUCUAAAGUCUGUUUUUCGUGCUGCAGCGAUGGCAAUAUUGCUGUCUGGGAUCUUCAGAAUCAGUCACUGGUGAGGCAGUUUCAGGGGCACACUGAUGGCGCCUCCUGCAUUGACAUCUCUACUGAUGGAGCCAAACUAUGGACCGGUGGCCUGGACAACACUGUCAGAUCGUGGGAUCUCAGGGAGGGCAGACAACUGCAACAGCAUGACUUUACGUCGCAGAUUUUUUCGCUUGGCUAUUGCCCCAGUGGCGAGUGGCUCGCUGUCGGUAUGGAGAACUCCAAUGUCGAGGUGCUGCAUGCCAGCAAGAGUGAUAAAUACCAGUUACAUUUGCACGAGUCUUGUGUACUGUCGCUUAGGUUCGCAUCGUGUGGCAAGUGGUUCGUCUCCACCGGUAAGGAUAAUCUACUUAAUGCCUGGCGCACACCUUAUGGAGCAUCUAUCUUUCAGUCGAAAGAAUCUUCAUCAGUCCUCAGCUGUGACAUCUCCGCCGACGACAAAUUCAUCGUGACCGGUUCCGGUGACAAGAAAGCAACAGUUUAUGAAGUGAUGUAUUAAAUAAUAAUAAACAUGAUUUGUAAAAUUUUUCAACAUGUAAAUAGGACGAAAAUGCUAGGGACAACGAAAGUGUGAUUACCAUGAGUAUAUAGACGCCUUAGACGCCUAGUUUGUAUAAUAACUCCGAGAGACAGCUGUUGGAUGACAUUAAAUAACUUCAUUUCUAAGAAAGGCCAUUUGCACUGUCAACAUGUGCCACCUACUGUGUACAUUAAUUUUAAUUAUACGGAUACUUCCGUUCAAACUUUGAUGUGUGCAUUAUGUAAUUAUACUGGAAAUAUUUCCAAUGUACAUAAUCUCAUGUUUUAGAAAAUGAAAAAAUAACUAUUUA